GAGUUCAUUCCCGAUGAGCCAACCUUCACACUCAGCAACAUAUCCCACGCUCGCAAUGGACCAAAGCAACGCAAACCAACAGGUUCAGCCGUGGAACAAAGUCCACUGGUUCUGAGUGAUGCAUCUAAAGUGGGAGAAUAGUACUACAGGAGCUCAUCAUGGAUCUGAUGAACAACACAGCUGCCAUUCAGACACCAUUCAACUGUACUGUGGACAUCAGAUACCGCUUUACCUACUUCCAGAUCUCCUACAGCGUCAUCUUCAUAUGUGGUGUGGCCAGCAACAGCAUGGCACUCUGGCGUGUUUGGCUCAUGCCAUGGACUCUCACUAGCACUGCAGUCUACAUGGCCAACUUGGCAGUUGUUGAUUUCUUCUUCCUUCUUUCCCUUCCACUGCGUAUCUAUUACUACAACAACAGGUCACACAGCAUGACUUGGGCUCCUGGAAGCGUUUUCUGCCAGCUGACCUUCGCCCUCAAGUACAUCAGCAUGUAUGGCGGUAUCUUCUUCCUGGCGUGCAUAGGGCUUGACCGCUACAUUGCGGUGACGCGUCCUGUGUUGCGGCGACCGAAACAAGUGCAUAAUGCCUAUGUGCUCAGUACGACAAUGUGGCUAAUGGUACUAGCGCUGAGCUUUGCACUUCCAUUCAUGCAUUCUUCAGCCUCGGACAGUCGAAACACGUGUCUGCUCGACCCAUCUCUGGGGCACCAUCAAACCUUCAUCCUGGCAGCUUUGGGCUUGGUGUCAGCCGCAUUCAUGCUGCCUGCACUGGUUCUGCUUUUCAGCUACUGCAGAGUGUUGCGUGUGCUCGGCAGGAUGCCUCACCGUGGGAAAAGUCGCCACCGACGCACUCUCUCACUCAUCUACUGUGUGCUAGGCAUCUUUCUACUUUGCUUCACUCCUUACCACUCUAACCUGCUUUGUUACACACUCACCCAUGUGGGUGUUGUGCCAAGCUGUGGUCUGGCCAAAUUUGCGAGCGCUCUGCACCCAGUCAUGCUCUCCCUGGCCAGUGCCAAUUGCUGUCUUAACCCACUUGUCUACUACUGCUCCAGCAGCCAGGUGCACAAAAAUCCAGCCAAGCAACCAGGUUCUAGCUUUAAUUUUAGAAGGAAACAACUGAGAGGAAAGAUUUUACCAUAAAUCAAUCCAACACAGAACAAUUAAGCUUCAGCAGAAUUGUUCAAUGCAUAUUACUUGCAUGACACAACCGCCUACCAGCAGGGUGUCUGACUUACCAAUGCAUAUCAUCAUGUCUGCUGCAGUAAGCUGAACCACAAAUGUUCAAUAACUAAGUAAAAGGAAACUCCAUCCUAAAUUUAUAACAAACCACCACCCAUAAAAAAAAAAAAAACCCCAGAUAAGUAGCAUAUAAGAAUGAAAUCAUAUACAGUGGAACCUCGAUACUCGCUUGAUAUGUACACUACUGUUUCUCUCCUCCUUUCUGUAUAAGACUGAACAGUCAUUCAAGCUAACCAAAAGACUCGUGACAGCAGGGUAAACACAAUAAACUUUACAGUUAGAUUAGUGCCAGUUUUCUUAGGCUGACAUCUGCAUUAUAUUUUAUGACGGUAAAUAUUCCUUUAAAUUAGUACCAACCCUCCCUUCUAUCAUCUAAUGUCAACUUUCACAUUAUUUCCACUUGGUGCUUUAUGUUAUUUAUUUUUUUUUACGAGUCAUGUCAGCAUGCCGGAUGCAUCGGUUGA